UGUCGACUAACGAAAGGGCCAUGAUAUUUUCCCCGUCCGUGAGCUUUUUCUACCCUUUCAAAAUAAACUAGUUUUCCCCCAAUUUCGAGAAAUUAAAUCCAUUCUCGGCUAAUUUUUCGUGUUGUGUUGUGAUUUAGUGGUGAAAGUUUGUGGAAAUCGAGGCAAAUAUACAAGAGUAUGGCGACGUCAGACAUCAGCUGAUUUUAAAUCCGACCUCCGAAUGCCAGCCAGGAGGAUAUGAUAAUCGCUCAAAUUCCACGGCGAUCUCGCCGUUGAUACUGAAACGUCCGAAUGUGAAUAUGACUCCGCCUUUGAGUCGCAAGCGUGGCUCCUCAGUGAGUUUUACGCGAGCGAAGGAUACCGAAGAUGGAGGUGACGAAAUCCACAUAUCUUUGGCCCCCUACAUCCAAACUUAUUUGGCCCACAGUGGCCAGGGACUUGGAUGUUGUGGAAUUGGCCUACCCGUCCCUUUUGAACGAGCCGCCCCAAGAUCCUGGUGGAAUCCCAAAUUCGAUUCUGAAAUCCUCGAGGAACAGUUCAAAAGAAGUGCCUUUCCGCAAAUUAGAUUGAGAUUUAGAUACGCCCUCGCCUACAUCCUCCUCGUGUCUCUCUCAUGGCUCGUCUACUUUGUGAUAAAAGGAAUUGAAACGAAUGCAGAAUCGUGGCCUGCCGUAGCAAUAACCUUCAGCGUGAUUGGCUUCCUGAUAUCGGCAGUCCUCUACUUAACCCACACCGAUCACUAUCGAUCCUGUGUUCUGCCAACGUCACUCCUCGUCGCCUCGACCCUCUGCUUCUUGUCCCUCAUCUUCCUUGUCCUCGUACCACCCUACACGGACGGUCUCACCCUCGUCGGCCACUUUGCCCUCUGCUCGGAAAUUCUCCUUCUCAUCUACACCGUCGUCCCAAUGCCUCUCUAUGCCUGUGUCGGAAUUGGCGCCCUCUACUCCAUUCUAUUCGAAUUUUUAACGGCCUACCUCUACGGAUCGGAAGUUGCGAGGCGCAAAUAUUUCCAAGACACGGAGCCAGAGACCUCGAGACAUUUUGCAGAAGGUGUGAGAACAACUGCCACCGAGAGGACAACAUCAAUUAUUAUGGAGAAUUUUAGUGAUAGUGGUCUCGAGCCUUCAUCACAAUCAGCACCACCGCCACCACCGAUUCUAGAUUCUGUCGCGAGGAUCGUCCGGGCUCUGAAUGACUCGAUUUUUAAUUUAAAUUUGAAGAAUGAUGCGGAGAGUUUUAGUUUUGAUUCGACCAAUUUCGAGGGACAGCAGGAUGAUGGUGAUGUCGACUUUGCGACGACGCUGACGAUAAGAAUUUUGUUGCAGAUCUGCAUUCAUAUUAUUGGUGUGCAUAUUCUGAUUAUGACUUUUGUGAGAAUGAGGGGCACUUUUAUGAAGAGAUCGUCGAACCUUUCGAAAAGAUCGUUCAGAAUUCCGACCAACUCCUCGGCAGUUUUGUUGGAACUCAUUCGCGUGAAGCCGACAAUGUCGGCGAAUAAAAUACUGACGUCCUCCAUCGAGUGCAUGUUGAAGGCGAUGAUAGAAGCGAUCAAGCAAUUUGACAUCGAGAGAAGAGAGGGCGUGAAUAUGAGAGUGGGCGUGCACACCGGGACAGUUUUGUGUGGAAUUGUGGGAACGAAAAGAUUCAAAUUCGACGUCUGGUCGAACGAUGUGACCUUGGCAAAUAAAUUGGAGAGUACCGGAAAACCCGGAAGAGUUCACUUGAGCGAGAGGACUCUGGAUUUUCUCGAGGAUCAGUAUUUGAUGGAGGAGGGCGAGUCGAUAAAUGGACUGAAGACCUACUUCAUCACAUCGAGAAAGUCGGAUUUGCUCUCGCCGUUUGUAGCGAGCGAGCCCGAACCGACCAGUAUUUCGCCCCUGAUGCAAAGUCGCAAUCGUCUUCUCUCCUGCAACAGUCAGACGAAACCGAGGCCCCAUUAUCUCCACAUGGUGACGAAUACGAGUAAUUAUAGACUGAAGGCGAACUCCCUGCCGAGUAUUUUGGAUUCGGAGAAUGACGAGGACGUGGUGGACGAGAAGGAAGGUGUCAACAAAAGUCCCACGUCGACUGCCAGCUGUGGCAAGAAGAAACCGAGGAAUAAACCCUGGAGGUAUCUUCAGCGGCAGAGAACGAGUGAAGAAAUGUCGGCUUUGCAGAGUGAGAGAACGGGGCAACUUGUUGAAGAAACUCUCGGCGAACCUGCCAGGGACGAACGAAACGGUUUUUCAAAGACGCAUGCUUCCACUGAAGUUGAGAUGGAUCCGAAUCCCGUACCUUCUAGUCCUCUGCUACCUGGUCAGGAAUCAAUUAGUCACGCCUCGUCCAUCUGCAGCAGAAAAGAUUCUGGGAUUCGAAGUAGGCGCAGCAGUAUCCAACAACAAUUAUUUCUGAUGAACGGAAUGACACAGGGAGACUUGUUGGGCCACAGGGUGAGUGGGUAUUACACCUCGAACUCGACCUUGAACUCCAUCCAGGAUCCCUCUUCUUCGGUGCCGCCCUAUCCGUUUCCUCCGGCAGUUACAGACACAUUUGGUGCUUGUUUUCACAAACUCAGGAAGCAAUCUGAUCUCCAGUUGAUAAGAUGCGUGCAGGACAACGUGAGCUCGCAGCGCUCAUACUUCGUGAAACCUCCGCUCUCGAGCGUCACCCUCUUCUUCAAGAACAAGGAGAUGGAGAAAGAGUAUCGUGAGAACGCUCACAAGGCUUCCGAGGGAUUUGGCGGCAAUCCGCCAACUUUGGCGACUUCGCGCUUCAACACCUACUUCGACAUCCUCAUAUCCGCCCUCGUCUACUCGGCAAUCACAAUCUCACUCUUCCUCCUCUGCAGGCCCUCCAUCUACUUCAUCGUCUUCUUCGUGAUCGCGACUCUAAUUCAGGCUUUUGCCGUUUUCCUCUGCGUCCGGCAACUCCUCGAUCCCAGCACAAUGCACGCGACUUUCGCCCACCGGAUCUUCAAAUUUUUCUCACGAUGGUAUCCCUGGCACGUCUGCGGCGCCGUUCUAGUCGCCCUCCCAAUUGUCUCCAUCCUGAUGAACUUUACCUGCAACUUCCGCACGGAUUUCACCAAUUUCGAAUAUUACUACAGCUACAUCAUCUUCGUGGGUCUGGUCCACUUCUGCAACUUCACCCAGCUCAACUGCUGGAUGAAGAAUCUCCUGGUGACUGUCACGGGAAUUCUGUUCAUUUGUCUCGUCGCGAGCCAAGUCUCACUCUACAAGAAUCAAGCGACGAGUGUCGAUCUCAAAAGGAGUUCUUCUCCGGAUUAUCCGGGUUUUCUCAAUUCCUCGAGAAUCGGCGAGUUCACGGAGCGAAUUAUCUUUGAGAAUCGAAGCCUCCUGGUGAUUCCGAUCUCGGCUGCGGAACCGAUCGAGAGAUUUGAAAAUGGUGACGAGGGGAAAGAGUCGAGGAGGAAGAAGUCGUUGAGGGGCAGUGAGAGGAAGAGGAUUUACAAUGAGAGGCUCUACAAUUCCGAGAUUUUUCUUGAUAUGGCGCUCUUGUUGGUGCUCGUUUGGUUCCUGAAUCGGGAGUUUGAAAUUAGUUAUAGAUUGAGUUUCCACGGGAAUGCGGUCGCGGCGAGGGACAAAGCGCGGGUCCAGAGUAUGAAGAAUCAGGCUGAUUGGUUGCUGCAUAAUAUCAUACCGAAAUAUGUGGCUGAUCAGCUGAAAACAACUGCCAAAUAUUCCCAGAAUCACAAGGCUGUUGGCAUUAUUUUUGCGAGUAUUGUCAAUUUUAACGAGUUGUAUGAUGAGUCGUAUCUCGGCGGGAAAGAAUAUUUGAGAGUGCUGAACGAAUUGAUUGGGGAUUUUGAUGAACUUCUGGAGAAGCCGGAUUAUGCGAAUGUUGAGAAGAUCAAGACGAUUGGAAGCACUUUUAUGGCUGCGAGCGGUCUUAAUCCACAGGUUCGUCAGCACAGUGAGAGUGAGAACACUCAUCUUUUCCAGCUGCUGGAUUUCGCAGUGGCGAUGCAUAAAGUAAUCUGCGAUUUCAAUCAGGACCUUUUGGGAUUCAAAUUGAUUCUGAGGGUGGGUUACAACUUUGGCGACGUGACGGCAGGUGUAAUCGGUGCCACUAAACUUUACUAUGACAUCUGGGGCGACGCAGUCAAUAUCGCUUCUCGAAUGGACUCGACUGGAGUCGCUGGAAAAAUUCAACUUCCGAGUUACUGUCUCGAAGUUUUGAGCGAGAGGUACGAAUUUGAGCCAAGAGGCCAAGUCUACGUCAAAGGUAAAGACAACAUGGAUGUCUGUCUACUCAUUGGUAAAAAGAACCCGAGCAAAUCCACUGAGACUAUUAAAAGCGCCUGAGAAAUUCGAGAAACUCGAGGCUGGAAUUUAAAGAAAAAACAACUCGAUUUUCUUCGGGGUAUAAAAAAUAGGAUAGAACGGCUCAAAACUCGCAUGGAAUUGAACAAGUGUAGAAAGAAGUAGGAACAGAUAUUUAUUGAAAGAUAUUGUAUUUUUGUAAAUAAGAGGAAUUUUCGAAACGGGAGAUCUGACGCGAAUCUGUCUUUUUUCUAACUGUAAUUUUAGAAAAAAUGCGCGAUUUCCGCGCGCGUCGUACGCUUUGAAUGUGUUUUUGAACGUUUGAAUUUUUUCGAGAAUAUACUCAUCGCCGUUAUUUGCCGAGAGGCUCGAAAACUUUCCAUUUCGAGGCGAACAAUUCUGGAUAAUUAUAGUCACAUUCAGAAUCGUUCAUCUCUUUUUUUUUUGUUGCGCAUUUUCAAAG